AUGUUGUCAACAUCUCCUUCCAUCAAGCAUACUAGCUUGGAGUCUCGGUUUCACGAAGUUGCGCACACCCUCACGACCCUACGCUACCACUUACACACACUAUGGCUCUUCACCUUCAGCGACAUCAGGACGAUGCUCAUCCCAAUCAUGGCCCUGGGCAUCCUCACGGCCGUUGUCGGGACGCCAUUGACAACGACCGCGGCCUCCGCCGUAACCAUCCUCUCCAACCUCCCCCGCUUCAUUCUCUGGCUCUGGCUCAACAUCCUCGUCCUCUCCGUCGCCAACCAGCGCGAUCCGGCAGGCGUCCUCGAAGACUCCAUGAACAAGCCGUGGCGCCCGAUCGCAGCGGGCCGCAUCUCGGCCUCCCAGGCCAAGCACCUGCUCCUCGGCGUCAUCCCGCUGACACUCGGCGUCGGGUUCCAGCUCGGCGUGGGCACCGAGACGUUGGCUUGUAUCUGCGCGAGCUCGUACUACAACGACCUGGGCGGCGCGGACGAGCACUUCUUCAUCAGGCAGGUCAUCAACGGGCUGGCGUAUCCGGUGUACGGAGUCGCGGCGCUGAAGCUUGCGGCGGGGGUCGGGCCCGGCGAGAUCUUGCCGGCGACGUAUGCUUGGUUGAGUCUGCUGGGGUUGGUGGUGGGCACGACGAUUCAGAUUCAGGACUUGAAGGACUUUGAAGGGGAUAAGGCGCGUGAGAGACAUACCUUUCCCGUGGUUCUUGGGGACGAGUUCACGAGGUUGAGUGUGGCCUUUGGGGUGGUGUUCUGGUCUCUCAUUUGUCCGUGGUACUGGAGCUCAGUGUUUCUUGCUCAGGUUAUUGUCUUCGUUUCUGGUGUCUGCAUGGCUGCUAGAGUGCUAUGUUGUAGGGAGGCGAAGAAGGACCGUCUGUCGUUCAUGAUGUGGAGUUGCGGCCAACUUUCAAGCAACCCCGCGUUUGCUCUGCGCAAGAAGAACAGUACCAUGGCUUCGGGACACAACGACCCCAAGCUUUUGUACGCCAUCAAUGGCGUCAAGGCAUACCACCUUUCGAACGGCAAGGAAGAGUCCUUAACACCUGCCGGUCCUCAGACUUUGUCGUUGUUGAUGGUGCCGACAUCCUCACCCUUCGCCGCCGACACAAACGGAGAGACCCCCGCGGAGGAUUUCUAUCUCCACCUCCACCUACCUCCCGAACUCGAUCUUCCUCUCCCCGCCACAACUCAGAUCUACCACCAGCCGCCUGCGAGCUACCUGAUUCCGAGAUGGGAUCUUGGCCCGGACAGCGGUGCCUUCACCCGGCUUGAGUUCCCCGACACCGGCAGCCGGAAGGGACUCCAAGAAGACGUAGACACCUUCGAGACCAUCCUGGCCCAAUGCACAGCUUUCCUCGAGCGAGCUCCCCCGCCAAAGGGCUCUUCCGCAUCCAAGGGCGCCCCUCCCGCUGCCGCAAUGCCCUCCGCCGCCUCGUCCGCAAAAGCGAGAGCCGCUGCCGCGGACGGCCUCCCCGCAUACAACCCCGCCGACUACGAGCCGGGCCAGGCCUACGCCCAGGGUGCCCACAGCUCCAACAAUGGUGGCAGGAUCGUGCUGAUCGACGAGGAGGACGGUAGCGUCAUCGGAGAGUUGGCCGAGAACUACCAAAUCCAAGAGGAACUGGGCGUGAAGCCUGGCACGAAAGGUAAGUCAGGCGGCUACUCGGCCGAGCUUGACUCACAUGGCAUGUCAGAUCCGGUGGAGAUCACCCUCCCUGCCGACCAGAGCCAAGCCAUUACCGUCCAGCCCGUGUCGCAGGAGUAUCGCGAAAUGAUCAUGCACCCGGCCUACAAGAAGUCGUUCUUGGUCUCGAAUGCCUCCAAGGCGUCCCGCCUGAUCGUCACCUCAUCCGACUUGGUCACCAAGGGUUUGCAGACAGGAGCCGAUAGCUUCACGACCAAGACCAAGUCCAACGAGAGAGCAAUGACGUUCACGCCGGCCGCCCACGACCGCGUCCGCCGUAUCAACCAGUUCACCACUACUGCCGCUGGGCUGUCGGCGACGACGGUGGGCCAAAUUGGUAAAGUUGCACAGAACUUGGGCGCCACCCUUGCUAGAAAGAAGGACGGCGGCGGCAGAGGAUAUGACAAGGACGGAAACCCCAUUGAGGGCUACAAGCCUGGUCUGUUGAACAGGAGUUUGAUGGCUUUCAACACCGUUGCCGACGGUCUCGACCAAGCCGGCCGCAAUUUGUUGACGGGAACAUCCUCCAGCGUGUCGCAAAUGGUAGAGCAUCGAUGGGGUGCUGAGGCCGGCCAAGUGUCAAGAAACAUCGGCGGUGGCUUCAAGAACGUGGGUCUGGUUUACAUCGACGUGACUGGUGUUUCCCGGAGAGCUAUUCUGAAGAGCGUUGCCAAGGGCAUGGUCGUCGGAAAGGUCAAGGGUGGCGGCCAAGUCAUUGUCGGCGGCGGAGACGGUGGCAACACUGUCGGGCUGCUGGAAGACGGGAAGCCUCUUGCUCGUAGGGACGACCAGAGCGACACGACAAGCUUAUAUACGGCAUACGAGGGCAACGGUAAGAAGCCCUCUGGAAAGCUGCAAUGA